AUGCCCGAUGGCGACAGUCCCUUGACGUUCGGUCUGCCGGCUGUCCAUAACAACUUCAACAAUGCCAACCCGAACUCCUUCUUGGGUACCGGCCUAACGAGCUCCGAACUUGUCGGCAUCACGACCGCUAUGAACAAAGCAUCGAGUGGCAAUACUGCUCACGGGGAGCCUGUGCCAGAGCAUCGCAAGCCCCUUCGGCCGGGCGAGCAGUUGUUUGAAGGAAACAUCGGCUCUGUCCAAUUCCGCCAUAUUGUGAGAGGUCCUACUGCCGCCGGCACUGACACUGCCGGUGAUGCUCGCAAGGAGCAGCUCACCAAGGACCUCGCUCGCGCAAAGGAGGCGGGAUGGACCAACCCCAUUCCUUUCAACUACGAGUCAGUAAUCGCCGGUGAGGCUCCUCGAGACGAGACCCGCGACACCGCCGCUUGGUUGUCCGACGCCGUCAUCUACCAAUGGGACGAUGACUUCGGUGACGUUGGCGAGCCCAACCCUGACCUGGAGAAGAUGCUUUUUGAGGACGACAACACUCAGCGUGUUGGUACUCAAAUCAAAGCUCUGUCUUUCGACGUCACAGUUGAGGGUCCCGAAAAGCUCCACCCGGUCCGCGAGUUCAAAGAUGCUGGCCUGCAUCCUGUGAUGCUGCAGAACGUGCAGUUGUGCAAAUACAACAACCCGACUCCAAUCCAGUCGUACUGUAUCCCGGCUGUCCUCACUGGACACGACGUUGUCGCUGUCGCUCAGACUGGCUCCGGAAAGACUGCUGCUUUCCUUCUUCCAAUUCUUUCCAAGCUCAUGGGCAAAGCCCGCCAGUUGGCCGCCCCGCGUCCCAACCCCGCUCGCUACAACCCUCUUACCGACCGUGUUCGCGCUGAGCCUCUUGUCCUCGUCGUCUGUCCCACCCGCGAGCUUGCUUGUCAAAUCUUCGACGAGGCUCGUCGCUUGUGCUACCGCACCAUGUUGCGUCCUUGCGUCGUCUAUGGUGGUGCGCCUACGAAGAAUCAGCGCGAGCAGCUGGAGAUGGGUUGCGACAUCCUCAUCGCCACUCCCGGCCGUCUCAUGGACUUCAUGCAGAACAUGAACCUUCUUUCGUUCAAGCGCCUUAAAUUCACAGUCAUCGAUGAAGCUGACGAGCUCCUCUCCUCGGGUUGGGAGGAGGCUAUGGAAAAGAUCUUCUCGGGUUCAGAUGUCAGCUCGGAUGCGGACCAUAUCUACAUGAUGUUCUCUGCCACGUUCCCCAAGUCCGCCCGUAGGCUCGCCAAGGAGUACAUGGAUGAGGACUGUGUUCGUAUCAAGGUCGGCCGCGUAGGCAGCACUCACGAGAACAUCAAACAGAACAUCGUUUUCGUCGAAGAGAGCUCGAAACAGCAGGCACUCUUCGAUCUGAUCUUCUCCGACAACCCACAGCGUACUUUGAUCUUCACGAACUCCAAACAGAAGUGCGAUAUGGUCGACGAUUAUUUGUACAACAAGGGCUUGCCUGUGACCUCCAUUCACUCCGACCGUACUCAGCGUGAGCGUGAGGACGCCCUGCGCUCAUUCCGCAUGGGCAAGUGUCCGCUCAUGGUUGCAACCGGUGUUACUGCCCGCGGGCUCGACGUCGCCAAUGUCAAGCAUGUCAUCAACUACGACUUGCCUUCCACCAUGCAUGAUGGCAUUACCGAGUACGUUCAUCGAAUUGGCCGUACCGCUCGUAUCGGCAACGAAGGUAAGGCGACUUCCUUCUACAACGACCGUAACGAGGAUAUCGCCGAGAGUCUUGUCAAGAUCCUUCUCGAGUCCAACCAGGAAGUUCCCGAUUUCUUGCAGGCCCACAUGCCUGCCGACCCGUCUGCGAUCGACUGGCACGACGGUACCGACGACGAGUCCGAUGACGGUCUCGGCGGUGGCUUUGGUGCUGAUACUGGCUUCGAUGCUAACGCUGGUUUUGGAGGUGAUGCUGGUUUUGGUGGCGAGGCUGGUGGUGAUACCGGAGGCUUUGGGGGUGGUGACAAUGGUGGCUUUGGUGAAGGCUUCUCCGCUGAGACCAACGACCAGGUCGCCUCUUGGUAGACGGGGCUUGCUUCAGUCAUGUCUAGGACAUCACCCUUUUCCCACUUUCCGAAGGCCUGGAGUGUUACUCAGUGCGCCUCGUCGCCUAUGUCUUCGCGGUGAGAGCUUAGGCUUUAAGCCUCCGAGUCAUGAUUUACGAGAUACGAAUUACGACAUGACGGGACUUACUUCAGGGUGGUUUGACGCCGUGCUUCUUAGCUCAACGGUGUCAGUACCACCAACCUUACAGCAAUGCUGAACAUGGUCAGG